AUGGUGAAGGAAACAACAAGAACUUGUUCUUGUUGUGGGCACGAUGGCCACAACUCAAGAACUUGUAAUGUAAAGGUUUGUGUUAAACUCCUUGGUGCCAAUAUUCAAGUUCAUCCUGAGAGAGAUGAAGCUGAUCAACCUCCACGUGAAAGGAAAAGGGGAGAGCCAUGGACGGAGGAAGAACACCAACGCUUUUUGACGGCGUUGAAAAAGGUUGGGAGAGGAAAUUGGAAAAAGAUUUCAAUGGAAUAUGUCCACACCAGAACCCCAACGCAAAUCGCUAGUCAUGCUCAAAAGUAUUUUCGCAGACAAGCUUUAACUGAUAAGAAGAAUCGUAGGUCCAGCAUAUUUGACUUACCAUUCCAUGGAUCUGCUGGGAGUACCUCAAAUAAUCUGAUUGUAAAUGAAUUCCCAAAUCAUCGCUUGGAACCUCUCAUGAACAUUCCACAUUACGGUAGGAUUCCUUACAUGGGACCAAGUAAUGUGCCAUGUCUUUCAUACAAUAUUGAAGCAAUGACGUACUAUCAGCUAUAUGUGUUGAGGUGUAACGCCUUUCACAAUUUUAAUGCUUGUAGAGCUUCACCAAUGGCAACGUCAUUGCAAGCUGAAGCCGCUGCUUCCACAUCUUCAAAUGCAAGAGAUGGCGAUUCUCUCGACCUUCAAAUUGGACUGCCUCAAUCCUCCCAUCAAUACUAG